AGCCUGAGCCACGUUUUCCAGGGCUGGGCUGGGAGCUCACAACGAGGCGCACUAUGCAGAGAGAGACUUUGUGCCUCGCUCCGGACAGCACCAGCAUGAAUGAGCGCAUGAACACCACUGAGAUCUUCGAUGGCAUCCGCUUCCCAGGGUUCCUGCACACCCCAGAGUCCCUGAAGGCAGCGUGUUCUUUCCAGUUCCAGGACACGGACGUCCUCUUGGUAACCUUCCCCAAGUCAGGUACCACCUGGAUGCAGCAGGUCCUGAGUCUUAUCUUCUGUGAGGGCCACUUGUGGCCCAUUCACCACCUCCCCAACUGGGCCCGCAUGCCCUGGAUGGAGCAAGCCUCCUUUAGCAGCCUCCUUUCCAAGCUUAACACCUCCUGGCCUCGUCUACUCACCUCCCACCUGAACGCCAAAGGGCUGUCCCCGGCUCUGAUGAAGUCCAAGGCCAAGGUGGUGUACGUGGGCCGGAACCCCAAGGAUGUUCUGGUUUCCUACUACCAUUUUCACCAGAUUGCCGGCUUCCUGCCCAAUCCCAGCUCCUUUGAGGACUUUGCAGAUGAGUUUCUCGAGGGUACAGGUUUCUUUGGCUCCUGGUUUGACCAUGUGAAGGGGUGGCUGGGCCUCCAGAAGGACCUAACUUUGCUUUUCGUCACCUACGAGGAGCUGCAUCAGGAACCUCGCUCAACCAUUCGGAAGUUAAGUGAAUUCCUAGGGCGCACCCUGGGGCCAAAGGAAGAGGACAUCAUACUGGAACACAGCAGCUUCUCCUUCAUGAGUCAGAGUAACAUGGUCAACUACAGCCUUUUAUCCAAGGAGAUCAUAGACCAGAGUCAGGGCAAGUUCCUCCGGAAAGGUGUUGUGGGGAACUGGAGGGAAUACUUUACUCCUGAGCUGAAUGAAAAGUUCAACGCUGUCUACCAGUCCAAGAUGGGUGACUCUGGCCUUUCCCUCCCCUGGACCAUGGACUGACCCAUCUAGCCUAGUCACAUGGGCCUACCCUAUGCUCCUGGUCUAGCCUGUCCUCUUACUGUGCUCUGUCCCUGGUCUAGCAAUAAAAGCCCAGAUCCACGUUGUA